CUUCGAGACGUCAAAGAGGGAGGAUGUGUGCGCUCGUUCGUGUUACUUAUAAUUCUAAGUGUAUUUUCUAAGUGUCGUUUUAAGUAAGGUGUCAAAUGAAGGGUGGAUACUUAAGUGUCUAGAGAGAGAGGGAGUGUGUCUUUAUAAGUGACCAUGUGGUGGAUUUACGCGUGUUUUGUGUUUAUUCAAGGUACCACCACAACCACCACUGCCACUACUACUACUACUACUACUACUACUGCCUGCCCUCCGCCAGCCGCUCCAAUCAACAGCAAAGUUGAUGUUGUUGGCGAAACAGCUGAGUAUACUUGUGAUGAAGGAUAUUUAUUGUUUGGGUCGUCGACUAUCCAAUGCAGUGGUGGCAGAUGGAAAGGGAAAAUGCCUAUCUGUGCUACCAACAUAGCCGUGAAAAAACCAUCUAAAUUCUCUAUCUAUACGCGCGGCUCAAGUCCCUCAAAGGCUAAUGAUGGUCACGUGACGAACCUUCACGAGGGACAAGAGUGUGCUGUGAGCGAUAAGGGCGAUAGUCCUUACUGGGUACUGGACCUUCUUCAACCUUAUAGCAUUGUGGUGGUUAGGGUAGUGACGCCGUGCUGUGACACCGCGCCUCUUCAGAAUCUCGAGAUUAGAAUUGGUAAUGCAGUUGAAAUCGAGAAGAACAGACUUUGUGGGUGGGAACCAGGAACAGUUGAGCAAGGUGUAGAAAGGGAUUUCACCUGCGCCUUCCCUCUCACCGGGCGCUACCUUUCCCUCCAGACUGUGGGAGAGGGCGCUGUGUUAGGCCUAUGUGAAGUAGAGGCCUAUAGCACUGAAGAGUUCGCCAAGGAGAGAUGUUCACCCACCGCGUCCCUAACUUCUGUCGGUGUCUUCAACAAAACCUGUUAUGAAUUCAGGGUCGAAGACGGAGUGGAUUUCGACACAGCCCGCGCCAAGUGUCGAGCGUCGUCCCCCACAGAGUCAGCAGACCUAGCGCACCUGAUGGGGGAGGUGACACAUUCUUACGUCACUUCGGAGUUAGAGACGCGCGCAGCCACUCUCAAGGCGGACCUGGUGUGGAUUGGUGUGCGGAAGGAGCCUGAUUUUGUGUCCAGGACGUGGCGAUGGGUUGAUGGCACGAUAGUAGACCAUCCGCGGUGGGGGAGAGCGCAACCAAACAACUACAAUGGCAAACAGAACUGUGUGGCUCUGGACAAAGGAAGAAAGUGGCUGUGGAAUGAUGUGGGAUGUGGAUUAGACUAUCUUCCUUAUGUCUGCAUGUACAAGCCCAUGACAUGUGGUUCCCCUGAUAAGCGAGAAAACACCACAAUUUCCAUCAACACUCUCACCACCGCCUCAAAGAUCGUCUAUAGCUGCCCGCGUGACUCCGUUCUUCUAGGAAACUCUACAAGGAUAUGCCUAAAAACUGGCCUAUGGAGCGACUCUGCGCCUACUUGUAAAUAUGUAGAUUGCGGGCAGCCUGAGGAAAUAGUCAACGGCCAAUAUGUCUACAAAGAAGAGGAGCGAACAGAUGUAGAUUGCGAUAGUAACUAG